AUGAGAGGGAUCGGAGGAGUGGGAGAUGGUGUGGGUGUGCGUGGUGCGAGAAUGAACCUGUUUCCCCCGCACGGCAGCAAGGAGCAGGCAGCAGCAGCAGCAGGAGCAGGGGCAGGAGGAGGGGGAGGAGGGGGAGGGGUGUAUUUUGUGAGUGGGGCGGGCAACAUGGGCAUGCACUCGCAGAUAUUCUUCAAGCGCCACAAGAACAGCAGCGGCACCAGUGCUGGGGCCAGCACGGGUGUUGCUGGUGGUGCCAGUGCUGGUGGUGGUGGUGGUGGUGGGGAGGAGGGGACUGGGUUUGGAAGUGGCAGCAGCAGCAUGGGCGCUGCUUCUGCGUUUGACCAUGGCAGUGCGGAACCUUCCAGAAGCUUUCUCCCUGGGCUUUCGGGCAACGACCUUCAUCACCUCUUCCCACCCCCUGCUGCUUCUGCUAGUAAGGCUGCUGCUUCUGCUGUUGCAGCUGCUGCUGCUGGUUCUGCUGCUGCUGUUGCAACUGCUGCUGCAUCUGCCUCUGCUGCCGCCGCUGAGAAGGCCGCUGCUAACAGCAACAACUUGAGCACUCAGCAGCAGCAGGAGCAGGGCGAGCAGACUCACGGUCCGGACGCCGCUUAUGACGAGUACGGGCCACUGACCAACCCGUUCGGCCGCCCGCCGUCGCCCGGAUUCACCAUGGAGAGAUUCGACGUGCUGGGCGGGCAGCUGGUGUCGUAUCUGACCCCCAGGGGCGCUGCUGCUGCCAGUGCUGCCGUGGCUGCUGCUUCAAGCCCCCUCGGCGGAACCCUCGGGGGAUCCCUUGCAGGGGGGUUUUCAGGGCAGUUUGGGGGCCCCCUUACAAGGCAGCUUACAGGCUCCUCCCUUGGUGGGCCCAGUGCGGAGCAGCUUGCAGGGGCGUUUGCCGGGGCGUUUGGAGGGGUGGCAGGAGCAGAGGGAGUGUAUGAUAGCGUAUUUGGUGAGGGUAAUGGCGGGAGUCUGAACAUGGAUGGCACUGGUGCAGGCCUGAGCGGUGGAGGUAUUUGGGGGAGAUUUGACGGGGCCCAGAGAAUGGGUGGAGCAGAGAAGAUGUAUGAGCGGAUGUUUGGGGCCGGUGCUGGUGGUGCUGGUGGUGCAGCUGAUAUAAUCACCAGAGGGGCAGCAGCAGCUGCAACAGCUGCGGCGCUAAGAGCAGCGGAGUUAAGAGCUGCAGAGUCAAGAGCAGCAGAGAUAAGAGCAGCAGAGCUAAGGGCAGCCGAGCUAAGAGCAGUGGCAGCGGCAGCUGGUGCUGCUGCUUCUGCUGGCACCUCAACCCUUCCUGUCCUUGCAGCAUCCAGUGCAGCAUCAAGCGUCCCUGCCCUAGCUGCAUCACUAGCAGCAUCACUGGCAGCGUCAAACGCGGCAGCUGCUUCAGCAGCAGCGGUGGGGACGGGCAUGGGCACGAGUAUGGGCGCAGCAGCAGCGUUGGCAGGAGGUUUCCUUGCAGGAACAGCUGCCCUGGGAUUGACAGGAGGAGGCUCGGCAGUAGGAGGUUUGGCAGUAGGAACGUCAGGCCUGUCAGGCUUGUCUAGCGGAUUAUCUGCGGUGCGGAGUCUGGGUGCGUCUGUAACUCCCUCCCUGUUAUCACCCCCUGGGUUGCCACCACUCGUGCCUCCCGUGCUGCCAUCAACUGCAGCAGCAGCAGCAACAGGUUCUAUGUCCGCUGCUGCUGCUCUGUCUGCUUCUGCUCGCAAAACCGAUCUGGCACGUGCAGCAGCAGCAGCUGCAGCUGCGUUUUCCUCCCCGCUAAUGGGCACAGGAGCCGCACUCACUGCCUCUGCUUCUGCCGCUUCCUCUGCCGCUGCUUCUGCUGUUUUGGAGGCGCCUGUAGUGGGAUCGUCAGGAGCUGCAUUCACUGCAACGGCUGCUGCAGCAGCACUGGCGUCAGCUGGUAUCCCCACCUGCCACAUUCCCUUCCCCAUGUCUGUGCCCCUCCCACUUCCAAUAGCACGCCUGCCCGCCUCCCUUUCCCCCCCUCUCUCCAACUCCUUCCCUCUUUUCGACUCCUCCCCUCUCUCGCACCAAAAUUCGCUACUGACAUCUCUUCCACCCCACUCUGUGUCUCCGUCUCUGCACCUUUCAUCUGCUUCCCUUCUUUCCUCCUCUCUCCUCGCCUCCUCCCACCUCUCCUCUUCCCACCUCUCCUCCUCCCAUCUCGCCUCCUCCCACCUCUCCGCCUCCUUCCUCUCCUCCGCAGCCCUCUCUCUCUCUCCAGCAGAGCUCUUUGCUGCCGAGGCAGCUCACUGCACCGCCACUGCCAUGCCUCCUCCCUCUAUACCCGCUCCCUCUAUCCCCGCUCGCCUAUCUGCCGUGAAUGUUAACCAGCGUCCUGCUCUCGCAGCCUUUACCUCCACCCUCGCCCCUCCCCACCCGUGCCCUCGCAGUCCGCCCCCUCUUGCUGGGGCUUUGCUGUCUGGCAUGGCUCCCGCUCUACCCCCCGCUCUUGCUCCCGCUCUACCUCCCACUCUUGCUCCCGCCCUUGCUGCUUCGACCCUUGCUGCUUCAACCCUCGCUGCUUCGAGCCUUGCUGCUUCAACCUUCACUGCUUCGAGCCUUGCUGCCUCGACCCUCGCCCCUGUGAUAGCUGCAACACCAAUCCCUUUGGACUCACUUCCUGCAGCCAUGUCGGUUACAGCUGCUGCAGCUGCUCCUAUUGCUACAGACGCUACAGCUGCUACAGCUGCUACAGCUGCUACAGCUGCUACAGCUGCUACAGCCAGCUCGUUUGAUGACAUUGCUCUAGCAGGUAGAGCCGCUACAGCUGCCGCCCUGGCUGCUACAGCCGCGAGCAUGGGUAUGGGUGCUAUGGGUGCUACAGCUGCAAGCAUGGGUAUGGGUGCUAUGGGUGCUACAGCUGCAAGCAUGGGUAUGGGUGUUACAGCUGCGAGCAUGGGUAUGGGUGCCACAGCUGCGAGCAUGGGUAUGAGUGCCACAGCUGCGAGCAUGGGAAUGAGUCACAGUGCGUCUGCGGUGUUCAGAGGAGAGGGGGAGGCUGACGAUGAGGCGUUUUGGCAGCAGCUGCUGAGUGAAGGGGGGCAGUGA